AUGUUCUUCCGACGAUUCUUAAUACAAUUGUUGCUAGCUUCUGUAGAAGUAUCACUAGCGAAGAGUGGUGGUCUACUUCAACUGCCAAUCAGCCUUUACUCACUCAUCAAAGAUGUGCAUCAACCAAUUCGUGUUCGCUCAAGGCACCAACUGCCGUUCUCUCGCUCUGAUUUUAUGCGGAAUAAUGUGGUUAUUCGCGAAGAGAACGAUCGAAGUGUGGUGGCAGCAAGCACUAAAAAUGACCUUGUGCUCGUCACAAAAAACACUCUGGCUGGUGUCAUUAAGAGAAAGAAGAGUAGUGGAACUCAUUUCUCUACUAAUCGUCGUGCAACGGCAAUAUCCAGCCAAGGCGGCAUCUUGUCAGCCGUCAUCAAUUCCCUACUGACACCAGGCAAUAAGCUUUAA